UCCAGACACAACAACAUAGCACACAACAUGUCGACAUUUCAUAUACCUUCCCGUAUCACAAUCGAUGUAACGGAUAAACGAGCACUUAAUAUUCUCUACAAAAAUCUACAAAUACCAUCUGGAGUAAUGAGCAGCGAGCAUAAUAGCCCUUCUCACAAAACCGCUGUGGUUAUAGAUAAUGGUUCUGGGGUAAUUAAGGCCGGCUUUUCAGCGGAAGACGCUCCUCGCGCAGUCUUCCCCUCGAUUGUCGGCAGGCCGCGACACUUAAAUGUCCUGGUUGAUCCUCUAAUCAAUGACACCAUUGUUGGCGAUGCGGCAGCCAGGAAAAGGGGGAUACUUACCCUUAAAUAUCCCAUUGAACACGGUGUUGUAAUUAACUGGGAUGAUAUGGAGCAGCUGUGGGAGCACACUUAUGAGCAGUUACGGGUGGAUCCAAUGGACUUGCCGGCUCUCCUUACCGAAGCCCCAUUGAACCCAAAGAAGAAUAGAGAAAAGAUGACGGAGAUUAUGUUUGAGCAAUUUAGUGUUCCCGCUUUUUAUGUAGCCAUUCAAGCUGUACUCUCUCUUUACGCCACCGGGCGCACUGUGGGCUUCGUUGUAGACUCUGGUGAUGGUGUGACCCACACGGUUCCCAUCUACGAAGGAUUUGCCCUGUCCCAUGCCUGUGUUCGUGUCGAUCUAGCUGGCCGGGAUCUCACUGACUAUCUAUGCAAGUUGCUCUUGGAGAAGGGCCUAAAAAUGAAUACUUCUGCAGAAAGGGAAAUCGUACGUGAUAUUAAGGAGAAACUUUGUUAUGUGUCAAUGAAUUAUGACCAGGAAAUGAAUCUCCAGCUGGAGGAUUUUAAAAGGGAAGAACAACAGGAGGAUACCUAUGAGCUGCCCGAUGGUCAAAAGAUUCAAUUGGGCAGUGAGAGAUUCCGCUGUCCGGAGGCUCUUUUCCAGCCCAAUUUGCUGGGCCAGGAGGUAAUGGGCAUCCACAAGGCCACCCAACACUCGAUCAACAACUGCGACAUGGAUCUGCGAAAGGAUUUAUAUGCGAAUAUAGUGCUCUCCGGCGGAACUUCCAUGUUCCGCAAUAUCGAACAUAGAUUCCUGCAAGAGCUAAAUAAAAUGACCCCAGCGUCCAUAAGGAUUAGGAUCAAUGCCAGUCCAGACCGCAGAUUUUCUGUUUGGACAGGUGGUUCCGUACUCUCCUCGCUCACAAGCUUCCAAAAUACAUGGAUCGAUAGCAGGGAAUACGAGGAAGUGGGUCCCACUAUAGUCCAUCGCAAGUGCUUCUAGCACAAUUGCAAAACCAAUUUAUUGGGCCUUGAUUUUAUCAGUUGACUUGUAUUCACGAUAAGAAAAAAAUAUAUAUUUUGUUAAGUUUCAAUGAGGGAUUAUACUUUGGAAUUCAGAGAAUUUUAACAACUCAUUUGAUUUAUUUUAGGGAGAACUGAG